GUACGGUGGAAAUAGCGCUCAAGUUGUUUCUGAGUUUGACGCAGACCAGACUAUUGUCUGAUUUUAUUCACGUGGAUAUGUUCUUUUUAUUUCACGGUUUCAAAGAGUGAAUUUUCCAGAGGGGAAAAUCAAGUUCUCCAUGAACUGAACUCACUAGACGAAAGUAAUAUGCGGAGAUCUGCAGCACCAAGUCGUACUAGUCAGUCUCAAGAUCUGUCGAUAAAUUCCAACCUCGUAAAGACGGCUGAGUACAAGUCAGUUUUACACUGUUCCUCAAGUCCUAAAAUGAACAAUACGCCUACAAAUUUUAAUUUAUCUCAUGCUACGAAAUGUUCCAGGUAUUUCGAGGCUGUAUAUGGUAAAGCAUCGACUAAAAAGCAUAAAAAAUGGGAAGGAGAUGGUUUUGUAGAGGUUGAAGGUCGAAUCAUAAAGCUUAUCAAUGAAGAUUUGAAAGUAAUAGCAUCUGCUUCUGGUCAUAAAUUAGCUUUUUUAAAUGAAAUUGAUAUUGGUUCGGUUGUUCAUAUUGGGUCUUAUGAAGCAGAGCUUAUUUCACUGAUAGAGAAGCCACAGUUAAUUAAUCUUUCCUCAAAAUCAAAUGAUGGCACUGAGGCGCUACAUGCACCGGCAAAAAUUUCGACAAGCAAACCAAGCACAAAUCUCAGUUUCUCACCAAAGACGAAUUCCAAAUCAAAACUGAAUGAGUCCUGGGGUUCUUCAAACCAUCUGGUUAUGCCCAAGCCUCCUGCUAACUGCAUUUGGUCUCAGAAUCCCGACAACCUUCCUAUUGUGGAUGUAGUUUUAGAGUCGAAGUUUGCUUCACGUCUACAGCCACAUCAAUGUGAAGGUAUUAUUUUCUUGUAUAAAUGUUUAAUGGGAUUUCAACCGUAUGUUGCUUUAAAUGAAUCUGAUGCACAAAUUACUUAUGGAUGCAUUUUAGCGGAUGAAAUGGGUCUUGGUAAGACAGUUCAAGCUAUUGCCACCAUUUGGCUAUUAAUUAGACAAGGACCGUACGGAGGUAGACCGGUUAUUCAACGUUGCCUUAUUGUAACUCCAGGUACACUUGUUCAGAAUUGGCAAAAGGAAUUCUCCAAAUGGUUAGGUCGUGAACAGUUACCUGUGUAUUGUGUAGAUCAAAAUCAUUCUGUUAAAAAAUACCUAACAAUGUCCAGUGAUUCACCGCAGGUUAUUCUUAUGUCGUAUGAAAUGUUUCUACAGCAUACUAGUGAAAUCUAUGAAAUUUCCGACUUGGAUAUGGUUGUAUGUGACGAAGGGCAUAGAUUAAAAAAUUCCAAUAUCAAUACAACUAUGGCACUUUGUCGACUACGUGCACGAAGACGUUUACUAUUAACUGGGACUCCAUUACAAAAUCAUUUGAAUGAAUUAUGGUCAUUGGCUAAUUUCUGUGUACCAGGACGUUUAACUUCAAGUUUAGAAGAGUUUCGUCGUCAAUUUGUUAUACCACUAUUAAAUAGUCGUAACUUAGUACAAAAUGUUAAAAACAAUCUUAACAAUGAUGAUGAUUGUGAUUCCUGGAGUUAUACAAACUAUGAGAAGAAUUGUGAUGAUUUAGAAAGUCCAUCAGCCAAAUUAUUCCGACUAUUGAACAGUUUCUUUUUAAGACGCACAUGUGAUGUCAUUGCACCAAAACUAACUGAUAAAACUGAACAUAUUUUGUUUUGUCGUCCGAGUAAACUGCAAACCGAUUUGGAAGCUAUACUUACACAGUGGAUGAAUAAUGAAUUUAAUUUAAGUCGAUGUGAAUCUCUUAAAUUAUUCUCACACGAUGAUGAUUAUGAAGAUUUUGUUAAAUCUGUGGAAAGCGCAUCGUCAUCACGUUCAAAACACCAUAGUUCCAUUUUAUCAAUUAUAACAGCAUUUCGAAAACUUCACAAUCAUCCAUAUCUAUUAAGAAAUUAUUUAAUACAGUCGAAUUCUACACAAAAUCAAUCAGUUGAUCGUCUACCUACAAAACUGACUGCAGAUUUGCUCCGUUUGUUGAAUUCUGAACAUUCAAUAGUGGCACAAGAUCUCUGUUUUACAAAUCUAAAUGAAUUUAUUCAAUUAUCUGGAAAGUUCCAUGUUCUUUAUAUCAUGCUGAGACGACUGUUUGACAAACAACUGUCAUCUUCGUCCACAGUGAAUUUCCAGAAAAAAUCGCGACUAUCCAACAGUAAUAGUAAAAAUAGUUUACAUAUUAAUGAUCGUCUUGUAUUAGUUUCCAAUUUUACUCAGACACUUAAUCUUUUGGAGAAAUUAUGUAAUCUAGUCACUGGACAACCAUCUCUUCGAUUAGAUGGUCAGACAACGAAUAAACAACGCGCUGAAGUUGUUCAGAGAAUCAAUGAUCCAACAUCUCAUGAUCGUAUAUUACUGCUUAGUUCACGUGCGGGUGGAGUAGGUUUAAAUUUGAUUGGUGCCAAUUACUUAAUUUUGUUCGAUAUGGAUUGGAAUCCAGCAAAUGAUGCACAAGCUAUGGCUCGUAUUUGGCGUCCGGGACAAACUAGAUCGGUUAAUUUAUACAGGUUAGUAACAGCAAGUGGUAUGGAAGAACGUAUAUUUCAACGACAAGCAGCUAAAUUAGCUUUAACCAGUCAAACAUUAGUCAAUACAUCAAUGUAUAAUGAAAAUAUUUUGGAAUUUAUUGAGACAAAAAAGAAACCUGAUAAAAAUCUUGGAAUUCUUACUCGUGAUGAAUUGAAAGAAUUAUUUCUCCUUCCCAAUACAUCAUCAGGGUCAUGGACUCAUGAACUUAUUCAGUGUAAUUGUAAUCAGUCUCUAGAAAAGAAACCUUUCACCCCAAGUCCUUCUCUCUCAUCAUCAUCAGACAUUGAAAACUAUGAUUCUGCCGAUGAAAUUGUAGUGAAGAGUUUUAUAGAUUAUUCUCAUGAACUUGACGAUAAAGAGAACAGAAAAGAAGAAAUUGAAUCAUCAGGACACACUACUGGUAUUAUCAAUGAUGGGAAUGAAGACGAUGAAUAUUCCAAUAUUAGAAUAUUUCAAUUAGGUUCUACAAAUCCACUUAUUACUGAGAGCUUGAAAUCACCCAAAUCCCAAUUCACCGAUUUGAAACAACAGUCAGCUUCAAUGCCAACGAAAACUCAUAAGUUACCAUCAUCUGAUUCACUUGGUUUUCUAUUGAAUUGGAAACAUUCUUUUUCAUCUGAACAAAUAGAUCAGUUGAAUGAUCGACUUUUAAUAACACAUCAAUCGGACCCUAUGAAAUCCUUAAUAAACUGUAUAUUUACACUAAAUUCGAAAGCAUCUUAAGUAUUUAGUAUUUUUUUAAGUUAUCUUCAUUAUAUCGAUUAAUUUUCUCACCUCUCUUUAUGCCUUUCUUGGAUAAUGACUUGAGUGUAUUCAUAAACAGUCCUAUUUGUAAUGCAUACUGUUAAGUGCUGUUUGUGUAUUGGGGAAGAUGUUCAUUAAAAUACAUGUUUUCCUUCAAUGAAUGAAA